UACGCGCGCGCGGGUGUCCCUUCUCAGCAGUCGAGUCGAGUCGAGUCGUUUUGUGUGCCACAAAUCGCGUUUCGUUUUCUUCGCUGGCUGAGCCGGAUUGAUGAUUUCCCGAGCCAAUCCUCCGUGCCGUGCCGUGCCGUGCUGGUGAAUCGGACGAAUCGAAUCGGUUGGUCGGGUGUGCGUGUGUGCCGAGCACACACGUAGGUGGAAAGUGUCACAACAAUCGCGUAUUUUUUCCGCGCUGAUCAGAGGCGGCUUUGCUUUUUCUUCCGUGCCGUCCGGCGUACAGUUUGUUGUUCUACUAGAUGUCAGUUUAGUGCAAAUUUGAGAAAAAAGAAACAAGUGUUUAAUUUGCUUUUUGGAUUUGGUUUUUUUCGCCGUUGGAUGGUCCCGACGGAAAGUAAUACAAGAAAAAUAAACGAGAAUAAAGCGCGUGGGUUUUGCUACUCCCGGCUCCGUCGCCCGUCACCCGUCAUCAUCGGCCACUCGCCAAGAAAAAUUAGAUGCGGAACUAAUUCGCGUGCUUCGUUUUGUGUUGUGUUUGAUCGCGUCGACUACGGGACGAAACGAGACAAGACGGUGCGGUGUGUUUGACAGUUGUGAGGAUUAUGUCAUCCGGACGGCCGCCGGUCAGCUAGCCGCAACAGUAAAAAAACAGCAGAAGAAAAAAACGAUUGCUCGACGUCCUCACACAAGAACAACAACAGGUGAAACGGAUAUUUAGCUUUAAGAAUGGACUAGCACCCGCUGUGCUUUUGUUUUCGAUUUACCGCGCGAAGGACCCACGUGUCGUUUGCUGGCGAUGCGGAAACUGGCGCACGAGCCGGUGAAAAACUCGACGGCAGUGCCACAGUGCGUGAUUGGUAAUAUUAGCACCAGCAACAGCAGCAGCACUAAGUAGCGGAGGCAACCGUAGUAAAUUCAGCGGUCACGAUCGCCGGCUUGAAAUCGUGAAAAAGAAAAAUCCUUCGGGAAGACGAAGAAGGAAAGAAGCAGACAGGCGAAAAUAGAUUUCCCGCGUGUGUGGUUGAGUUGAGCCGAGCCGAACAAGUUCUAGCGCGCGCGGCGGCAGUUCGGUCCGUCUAUCCGUCCGUUCGCCGGACUCUGAUGGAUUGUUUGUUUUCCAAUAUCCUACAGCAGCGCCGCUCGGUUCUUCUAGAUCGGUUUCGGUCGGUUUGUUUGCCCUCUGACCAAGAAGGCCCAAGUGCCCAAACCCUCCGCGCUCAGACCAGGCCGGACCGAAUAUCCGUGACCCGCCGUCCGUCCGUGGUUUGUUUGAAGUUCAAUUUCAACCCACAAAAAGCGAGAGAUAGUCCCGUCCCGGUUGCUCGCUGUCCGUAACAUUGUGGAAGAAGCUAAAAAAUACUGCAGAUAAACAAUCAUUACAGUCCGAGUUUGGUUUAAUGGGUUUUCCAGCGCCGGAACUAAUGUGUUAAGGUGUUUUAGGAGGUGUAACACACAUCAGUUAAAAAAAAGUGCUAUCUCGGUCGAAUCUUUUUCGGCAAACGAUAAGCGUUAAUUAAAAUUGGUUGUUGCGAAAUCCUCACCCUUCGGCCAACGGCAUCAGCACUACGAGCAGAGCAGAGCAGAGAAAGAGGCGAAGAUUCAAGUUCAGUUUUGACGAAGAAGAAAAGAAAAAGAGUAAAAAAGAAGUGUGCAGAUAAAAGUGAUUUUAGCGCGGUCCCGGUCGAUUAAUUGCCCUUUAAAAAAGUUUUGAUUUUGCUUCGCCAUCCGGAAGCGACUAAAAAGCCGUCAAAAUUGAAAAAGGAAAUUAUCCCUUUUUAAACCCCCUCGCUUAUCCUACGGGCCCCAGCGUCGGUGGCGGCGGCGGCUCCGGCGUCGGCGUCGGUGGAGGCGGCAGUGUCCACAGCGGCGGAGGUUCCAGCAGCAGCGUAUCGGCAGUGGCCGCCGCAGUAGCGGCAGUGGCAGCUGCCUCCUCGAGCCAGAGCGGUUCCACGGUCGGCGGCAGUACCGGCGGCGGCGGUCCGGUCAGCAGCUUGGCCCCGGUGGCGGCCCACCAUCAUCCCUCGAUUCAUCACCAUCCGCACGCGUCCGCGGCGGCUGCAGCAGCGGCAGCGGCAGCAGCAGCGCACCAUCCGCACUUUCCGUCGCUUGCGGCCGUCGGCAGCGAUCACCAUCAUCAUCAUCACGCCUCCGGCAUACCGAUCAGGAUGGACUGCGACUACUCGAAGCUGUUCUAUGCGAAACAUAGUGGACUGGGAGCCGGCACCAUUACGACAAGGUGGACACCGAUGGGUCCAGGACCAACGGCUGGUUCGUUGGUCCCGGACGACACCAAUGGAAGCGGUGUCGACAGCAAACACCUCGAUGUCGGCGACAUGAGCGAUGGGGAAAAGGACCUCUCGUCGGCCGACGCCGAAGGUGUCUGGAGUCCCGAUAUCGAGCAGAGCUUCCAGGAAGCGCUGGCCAUCUAUCCACCCUGCGGCCGGCGGAAAAUCAUCCUCUCCGAGGAGGGUAAAAUGUAUGGACGCAACGAACUGAUAGCCCGCUACAUAAAACUGCGAACCGGAAAGACGCGAACACGGAAGCAAGUCAGCUCUCACAUACAGGUUCUAGCGAGACGGAAACUGCGAGAAUUUCAGGCCAAGAUGAAAGUGCAAUUCUGGCAGCCCGGUUUGCAGCCCAGCACAUCGCAGGACGUGAAACCGUUCGCCCAGGCAGCCUACGGCCCGAUCGGCAAGACGGCGACGGCCGUCUCCGACAGUGGCCUCCAGGCGGCCCACCCGUGGGAAGGCCGGGCGAUAGCGACGCACAAGUUCCGGCUCGUCGAGUACAGUGCCUACCUGGAGUUACGUGUUGAAGAUACUUACCACAAGCACUUAUUUGUACAUAUAGGCGACCAGCCGGCCCACCCGCUGCUGGAGUCCGUCGAGGUGAAGGAAAUCUACGACAAAUUCCCGCAGAAGGCCGGCGGCCUGAAGGAACUGUACGAGAAGGGUCCGAGCAAUGCGUUCUUCCUGGUCAAGUUCUGGGCGGAUCUGAACACGAACAUCGCCAGCGAUGCGGGCGCCUUCUACGGUGUCAGUAGUCACUACGAAAGCAACGACAACAUGGUGAUUACCUGCUCGACCAAGGUGUGCUCCUUCGGCAAACAGGUGGUGGAGAAGGUCGAAACCGAGUAUUCCCGCUUCGAGAACGGCCGGUACGUCUACCGGAUCAGCCGAUCGCCGAUGUGCGACUACAUGAUCAACUUUAUCAACAAGCUGAAGCACCUGCCCGAGAAGUACAUGAUGAACAGUGUACUGGAGAACUUCACCAUCCUGCAGGUCGUCUCCAACAAGGAAACCGACGAGACGCUACUGUGCGUGGCAUUCGUGUUCGAGGUUUCGACGUCGGAGCAUGGAGCGCAGCAUCACAUCUACCGUUUGGUAAAGGAAUAGCAUGAGAUUAACUCCAUGUCCCUUACCGUAAGCCAGCAUCAGCAGCAGCAAAAUCAGAGCCAAACUGUUGACAGCAGCGGUAGCAGCCUAAUGUUAAGUAAUCUAAGUAACCAUAGCUACAAUAACGGUAACGAUAGUAACAAUAACAAUAACGCUAGCAGUAACCGUAACGAUAACAGAGCAGGAUUAGGAGGAGUAGGAGGAGGAGGAGUAGUAGUAGGUGGAGCAGCGGCGGUGGCCUCAGUCGGCGGCAGUGACGCUGCCGCGGCAUUGUCGGCCGUCGUUGACGAGACGACGGCAGCUCUGGGACUGGGCGUCGUCGAAGCGGACCUGGCGGAGCUUCCGCACGCCACGGCCGUGGCGGAGUCGGAACCCAGUUCCGGCGUGGACUCCCACUAUAACAGCUUGAUGGCUGCGGCAGCCGCCGCCGCGGCAGCUGCUGCCGUUGCCGCACGUCGCCGAUCGGUAAAGCAGGAAUUUACCGCCGGCGGCGGUGGCGGUUUGGGAGGAGGCCAGGGCCACCAGCAGGAAGCUUCCGCCUCCCGAACCGAUUAAUUGGUAUGCGUUUCCUUUCAAAUUUACUUCCACAUCAUCUACUACUUCCCCCUUCCCGGAAACACGGCCGACACGUACAGACUAUUUUAAAUUCUUUGUUUUUUUUUUUGGAGAAAAACAAAAAUCGUGAAACUAAAUUUUAAGAUGAAAAAACAGUGCCUAUAUUACGAGACAAACAAAAGUAAAAACUAAAAAAGCUGUGUAAAAAGUUACGAAACUGUAGAAAACAAAACAACAAAAAAAUACUUUUUUUGUUUGGCCGAAGUGACGCAACAGAACAGAACGCAGGAGACGGCAGACGGUCUUUCGAGAGAGUCGUGUUCUAUUUUUUGUUUGUUUUCCUCCGUGGUAGUAUUAGUAGCACCUACCAAACUAGAAAAAAAAGCACACAUCCCUGACCCUACCCGCCUAGAGGCAGGCAGAACACACUUACAUACAAAGAAAAGCAACAAUCAGCAUUGAUCUCAUGCAAAACAAACGAAACAAAACGAAGCAAAAACAAAAACAGAUUGACUACUACACUCUGCACACGAUUGGAUUGAUUGCGGGAUUGUGAUGUGAUUGCGGGAAAAACAAAGCGAUUAGCCAUACUGUUUUUACUUUUCUCGAUAAACAAACAAACAAAAA